AUGGGCUGCCAUUUAGCAAAGCCUUGGGCCACAGUCGGCUGCACACCGCUGGUUGAGAAAAGCGUUGAUCAUGACGAGGAGUGCGAAGAGCGAUGGUGCUGGUGCCUCUUCCCCCCGUAUCACAGACACAUGCGUGACAUGGAGGUAGUGGUGGAUCCGAGUGCACCGUCCGAGAAGGAGGGAGUUCAUGGGGACAUCUCCAGGUCGCCCCCGGGACGCGACGUUCACGUUGGCUUCCCUGCUCUGCCAGAGGACACCCCAAAGUCCGUUUGUUCCUCCAGAGCGGCUUCUGACAGUCAGUCGAACUCUGACGAUGCGGAUGUCCAUCCUGGUGCUGACGCUGGCGAUGUUCCUGAGCUCAUCCGGCAUUUGGCAGAAUCAAUCCGCUCAACCACAGGGGACGACACCACGUUGACAGUGGCCGGCCUGCCUCUUCCCGAAUUUUGGGCAAAGCUCCUCCUUCUGGAAUCCUCAGGCGGAAAGCAUGGAAAAGCAGUGGCCAGAGCGGAGAAAAUGCUCCGCUUCAGGCAGCGGUGGUCGUGGCCACUAAGUAUAGGUGUCCGGCAAGUGGAAGCUGCAUUGCGCAGCGGAGCCACGAUCUACCUGCCGCCUCGAUGGCCAGGCGAUUCCCACCUCCUCGUUUUCACAGCACAGAAGCUGAACACGCGAUUGUGCACCAUGCAGGAGUACCAAUUGCUGAUUAUAUUUAUGAUGGAGGCAGCCUUGAGAGACAGCCGUCCGGACCAUCCCGGUAUAACAAUCGUGCUGGACGUGCGGCUGCUCUCUUCCGUCAUUUGGCAGGCAUGCCUCUCUGGUUGGAACGACAUGAGAAGAGGAAUUGAAUUAUGCUCUGCACUUCCGAUCAAGGCACCCCAUGUACAACUCAUCGAAGAUGAAGCUCGUUGGGUUGCCACCUCCGCAGUGCAGUUUUUUCUUUCCAAGUUUGGCUCCAAGAUGAGGUCACGCGUUCACAGGGGUGGGCCCCAGGCAGCGAUUGAGAAGCUUGGGACGGAGAUAUUGCCGGAUUUUCUUGGUGGGCGGCGAGAUUCCAUGGCCGAGUUCUCUUCCUGGCUAGAGAAAUCACAGCUUGCGAACCCUGUCGAGAUUGCGAAUGCUUCUGUUCGGUCAUCAGCUGCUUGA